GUGUGCGUUUUGUGUGUAAUAUGUGCCGGUUGGAUCCUCUGCCGUGAGUGUAUUCGACCUCCCGCAUAUACACACACACAUGCGUUCAGAAGAAAAACGAGUCGACCUUGGUGUGGGGUGGAUGGGUGGGUGGGAGAAUAUCGUCCGCCUCUUAUGGCAGCCCGAAUAAGAAAGAAGGAGGAGAGCUCCGCACCAGCGCCAAUUAUGGUCCUGUCAAGGGCUCACAGAGUUCCAGUCUCCUCCAGCGUAUGGAGCAACAUCGACGUUGUUUCGUUUCAUCCCUUCCUUUUUUUUAAUUUGGAAAAAGUUGUUGUUGUUGUUGUUGUUGUUGUGGGCUCUUUUUCCUGGGCUACUACCCGACAACACUUCUUCUUCCUGCAUUUCUGCAUGUGUGCAGUCCGUUCGUCCACCCACUCUCUCUCUUCUGAACGCCUCCCCCUCUCUUCCUAGUGUGUGCCAGUGACGUCAUUGCGGGGAUUGACAUGGGCGGUGGUGGCGAUUCUCGUCCGAACCGCACACAUUUCUCUCUCGCUUGGUUUUUUUAGAUCGUUUCAAUCGUUCAAUCAGUUCGGUUUAGAGUUUCGUCUGCUGCGUCAGCGGACGCCAUGGCAGCGACAGCGACGUCCAUCCGCGCUCCGGACGACGGACAGACGGUCGCUUUCACGCAACAUUUUACGUCGGGACCGCCGUCAGCCCUCGUUCUUAAAGAUGACGGCGAAUUUGAUACGAUGGCCAUCGAGAAACAAGAGGAGUGGAUCAAGAAACGCAAAGUGGAGCAGGUGACGACCAAACAGAUCGAGACCAGAGUCAAACGCCAAGUGGUUGUCAACGAAGACGGCCAAGUGCUGGACGACAGUGGCCCGCAGGUGACCACCCGAACCACGGAAGACACGGAAACCAAAAGAGAAGAACACACGGAGAAAACGGGCGGCGACGGAGACGGGACAGUUGCGACAUUGCCGCCAGAGGGCUGGGUGGCCAUUCCCGGGGCCGUGAUCGUUCGGGAGACGCACGAGAAAAAGUCCAACACCCGAGAUGAAAUCGACGAGCGACUAGAAACCGAAGAAGUUCACCAUUUGGGUCACCUCACCAACCAGGAAUUGGAAGAGGCUUUGGAGAAGCAGCGUGAAACGGGCCAGGCGUUGACUUGGCGUCGGCGUCAAUCGUCCGUGAGCGGCGGGAGCAGCGGGAGUGAAAGCGCCGAGCGACAGUUGGUCGCUCCUUAUUCGACGGGCAAGCGAGUCGUCCAUCAGUCACGCAAACACAAGCGGAUUAUCGACCAAGAAAACACCGAGGAGCGGAGUGAGGAAAAAGACGGUCGGAUAACGACGGAAACUAAACGUCACGAACAUCACGAAGAGAUUGACGACAACGAGGAACCUGAAGACGAUCGCCCAGCGUCCGACACCUCGUCCAUUCACGAGGUGGUCAAAGAGACGCGCAACAACUACACGACCCUCCAGGACGAAGAUCAGGUGGAAUACAUCGCCGUGCCAAAGGGCGGCCACAUCUCUGGCGGGGUGAAACUAGGACACGGACCCAGGCAAACGACACAGAAAACGGUCCAGUACGACGGCCAAGGCGACGUCGUAGACAGCGCCAGAAACGGGCUCUACGUUGCUCCAGAGCCGCAAGCUACUCCGGUUGUUGUUGCUGCUGCUGCUGCCCAACAGCCCAACAAGUUGCCGGCCCAGGCUCCAGUCAUCCCCCCGCAAGAAACUGCGGAGCAGACGGCCGAGCGGACAGACGCACUGACCAAGAAGCCGCUGGAUUUGGAGGCCGAGGAGGAGACUAGAAAAUUGGAAACGUCGCGCUGGUUGGACAGCCAUUUCGGGAGCGAAUCAUCGACGGACGGCGGAUCCGCCAACGGCAGCAAAAUAGGACUAUCAGGAUCGAAAUCGGGCAAAAAGAACAAGGAGAAGAGCAAGAUGCCCAGCCAAGUUUCCAGCGGCGGCAUCAACGUCACCAUGAAGUCGGAUCCUUCCGGCUCGGAUCGCUACGAUCCGCUGGCCAACGAGCCCAUGGUGACCAACUCGCGAAUCUAUUCGUCCACCACCGGAUUGAACAGCUUCAACCGGACGACACAACAACAACAACAGCAGACAACGCAACAACGCAUCCAGAGUGGACCUCAGUCACCCAGUUACAACAAAUUGUCCACCUCGCCCGUUUACCAGACGAAUUUGAAUAAUGGCAAACCGGAAUUGUACCGAAACUUGUCGGCUGGCGACCAGGAACCGAUUAAAAGGGCCUCGUCGUUCAAUCACACGGCCGGAAGAGCUACCGGAAUCUAUUCGUGGAUGAACAAGGAAGAACUUAAAGGCCACCAGAGCAAUCCGCUGGCCGCCCGUCAGUCCUUUUUGCAAUCGAUGAACAGGACAAUUCCGGACAAGUAUCAGAGUCCCGUCCAGCAAUCCAGCAGCCCGCCGACUUACGCCGCUCCCGUCAGCCAAGCUAGGAGAUGGCCACCUCCGGUCAAGCCCAUCGACGACGGACCAGAGGACGACAUGAGGACGUCGACGCCCGUCUACCAGGCGCCGCAUCAACACCAGGCGACGCCCAAUCGUUCCGGCGGAACAAUCAUCCGGCUCGGCCCGACGGUGGAUUAUUCAACAACCAACGGACGGAAGCCUUCGAAUUCCGGAAUUUCACGGACGCAGAGUCUGUUGACUCCGUCCGGAUCGAAACAGCCGUUCCAGGAUUCGUCGACUCCGGACCGGGUCUACUCGUCUCCGGUUGGCAACAACAUCAUGAACCAACAACACAACACGACCAGCCGGAUGAAUUUGCUCAACUCUUCGCUCCAGUCGGUGCCGGAACGCGAGCAGCGGUCCAGCCACUACUCGCCGCAACCGCAAGGCUAUUUCGUCGACACGGAACGAUCGUUCCAGAGUCCCAAUCGAUCCAGCGGCAAUCCGAAAGUGAUUCAAUCUUACGCCAUCAAGACUCCGCCUCCAAGGCCGGCCCCGCCCACCAGCAAUCACUACGGCAGCCCGUCAUCCAUGUACCCCACGUCGGGAUCCAACAACAAAUUGCGGAUGACUGAAUCCUUCCGCAGUCCCAAAUCGCCGCCCAUGUUUGCCGUGGAGGAGCUGGCCAGUCCACCAGUCCGUCCCGUUCGUCGCAAACAAUCGAAACGCAUCAAUCCGACCACGGUCAAGACGGACUCUGGCACCCAAUGCAAUCCGCAGACGAUCCGCAACGACAUGAUCCAGCAGCAGCAGCAGUACCACAGCCAGACGCUGGACCGUUCCAGCAGCAAACCCAUGAAGAAAUACUACAUGGGCGAGGAUCCUUUCACGCCCAGCAAGGGCGUGGUCAACGGCAAAGUUGAACUGGAAAUGUCUCAGCCGAGCAAACCGGCCCGUUCGGAGGUGACCCGCUCUCAGACUCUGCCCCGACGGCCCAGCAAGCAGCCGUUACUCAGCGAGACGUCGAUCCAUCUCAACAACAGCGCCAACAUCAGCAACAACAUGAGCAGUUCGAGGGUCUUUUCCGACCAGGACCGCAGUCUGAAUGAAACUUUUCCCACCGAAAUUGGCGGUUUGAAUCAGAGUGGAAGCAACCGGCCGGCCAGCAGCCGGAUCGUUGCCAUCACCCCCGUGAAGAACAUUCAAAACAACAACAACAACAACCCGAUGAGCAGCAAUAAAAACAGCAGCAGCAGCGUCACUAAUCUAUCGUCGUCGACGUUGGCCGUCAACCGCAGCCAAAGUUUCCAGGUGGGACACAAUCAGAGCGCGACGACGACGACGACGCCGGCCGCUCCGGCCGCCUCCUCCAGCCUCCAGCAACGUCGAUCGAGUCUGCUGAGUUCAACUCCGCUCCGCUCGGUCUCGAUCCGCUCGUCCAACCUCAACAGCCCACUCUACAAAUCGACGUCGUUCCUGAACCGGACCAGCGGUGCCGAACUGAGCCACCAGCCGUUCGCCUCGCUCAAAAGUCCAGGCAUCGUGACGAGCAUCAGCAAGAGCCAACUGGACCUGAACAAAUCGACCACCGAAUUGAAUUCGUUCCAGCCACCACCGCCGCAACCCUACUCGAAUUCGGCUCUUUACACGUUGCCCAGGCGCCGGAGUAACGCCCAGCCGGCCACUAACGCUCCCGCCGCCACCUCCGCCGCAAUCAACGCCACCACCGCCAGCAGCUCCAAAAUUCCGGAACCCGACGCCGAAUGGGUCAGGCAGCCAGUCGACAUCCUUGGGCAGCCGCUUCAGUUGGCUCAGACGUCCAGCAAAGUGCAGACGGGCAUCAGCGAUCGUCUGGUCCAGUUGUCGUCGUCGCCGCCGAAAUCUCCAACGAUCGACGAUUCGCCCGGAUCGAGAGGCGAAAGUUACUCGUCUCUGCACCGACGGAAGAUGCAGGCAGCGGCGGCAGCGGCCGUCACCACUUCUUCGUCGUCGCCGGCCACUCCGCCACCUCCGCCACCACCUCCGCAGCCGACAAUCGAAUCGCAGCCGAUGAGCUUCCAGUCGUCCACCAAAUCGACUCAUCGCAGCUUCCGGGGCGUCACCAACGAGACGAUCAAGGAGGAGAACGAAAAGGGUCACGAACAGCCGCAGACUCGUGAGCAGCAGCAGCCGGAACCGGAAUUGGAACCGGAAGCGAGAAGCUUGAAAGAUCGGAUCGCUCUGCUCGAAAAUGCCGGAAUUCACUACGCUAAUCCAGCGCAGACGUUGCCGCGCGUCGUUGGUGGCAAGACCAAAGCUCCGCCUCCACCUCCGGCGAAAACGUACCACUCGCCAGCCCAGCAGCAGGAGCCCAAACCCGAGCGGAUGAUGAUGAAGGAAGAGUCGCCGGAAGUGGAAUCGAUUGAGAAGAGGCAGAAAUUCUUGGAGGGUCUCCUCAAUUCAGCGCCGGAACUCUUCAUGCACAUCCACGGCGACGAGAAUUUGAAGGACAUCCGCGUGAAUCGAGAGGAUGUCAUUGACGGCAAGUCGCCGGAUGCUCGUCUUCCGCGCACUCCGUCGCCGCCCACCCAGGCUCUGGGCGGAUUCAACAACCGCGUCUACACCAGCACUCCGGUGACGGGCGCGUCCAAGAUGAAUCACCCGAUUCCGUUGACUCCGCCUCCUUUGCUCAUCCGCAACAAUUCCGGCGGAAGUCCGUUCGGCUCGCAGCGCGACCUGCUGGCCCCGCUCCGACGCGGAUCGCUGACGCUCAGCAACACGGGCUCGAUCGGAAGUAACGGCGGCGUCAUAAUUCCGGCCGUCAAAAUUCCGGCCCCGGUCAAUUACUCUGAAACGGUCCGCAUCAAAUCCAACCAGGAUCCGGACAGCCAGAGCGACUCUGUUCAGAGUUAUUCCAAGCGCGUCCAGCCGUUUGUCGACGGAUUCAGCAGCGAAACCAAAUCCAGCAGCCAGCAGACGACGAUGAGCCGCUCCGAGUACACGACGGCCGACCGGCCCAACGACUCGACCUCCGACAUUCCGCGUCUCUCGCCAUCCAUCUAUCAUUCGAUCCGGCCUCAGCAAUCCGGCGGUGUCAUCAUUACCGUUCGGGGUAAUGGUGGGCAGUGAAAAGAAACAAACAAUUCCCCCCCUCCCAUGAAUAAUUAAAGUAACAAUCAGAGAGUGCCAUUCUUCUUUCUUUCUUUCUUUCUUUUACUCCCUCGACUGAUUUUUAUUUCUUAAACAAAUUUUUCUAAUAUUCCAUGAUUUUGAAUAUUUGAUUAUAUAAUGAUAUUCGCUAAUGAGAAAUCUUUUUUUUUUUAACUUAGAAAAGUUAUCCAACAGCAGAUCGCAAACAUUCAAAAUUGGCGGCUUUUUUUGAAAUCCCCUCCGGUGCUAAUAAUUCCACUUUCUUUUUUUUUAUAUUAUCCCCAGUUGUAAUCUUUUUUUUCUUAAUUUUAAUAAUAAUCACUUUUAAUAUAAAUUUAAAAAAAAUAGUCUAUUAUAAAUACGAUGAUGCCCAGCUGUAUCAGUAAUAUGUAUAUGCAUUUUUAGACAGUUGCAAACGACCCACACGCGGCACAAGACGAGAGAGAAUAAGAGAGAGAGAAGAAAAAAAUAAGGAAACGCCCAUGAUUAAUAAUGAAUAUUAAGGCCUGGCAUUUGAAUAUAAAGCUAAAUAUUAUACAUAUUGUACGUAGGCGGAGGCGAUUUUUUAAAACUGUUUUCCCUUCUUUUAUCUUUCUUAUCUUUCGGCUUUCUUUUUAAAAUGGUAAUCCCGUUGCCAGAACAGGUGCUUUCAUAUAGGAAUUGAUUAACAACAACAACAACACACAGCAACCAAACCAAAACCACAAAACGGUCAUAUAAUGAAGCUUUUUUAUCUUUUCUUUCUUGAUAUUUUUGGAACAGUCAAAACUAUCAAUACACCACACGCAAAAAACGAUUUCUUCAUCUUUUUUUUCCGACUCUCCAUCGUCCAGCCAUUGCCAAAUUUGUUCUACACGCUAAUUAAAAAAACAAGCUCGUAAAAAUACCAAAACGAAAUUUGUUUUUUUGAUGAUUCUGUUUAUUAUUACAUUAUAUUCUUUUUUUCUUUUCAUUCUCACAAGCGGUUACGGCGCGCGCGCGCUUUUUAAAAAACGUCCAAAUUUGAACUGGAUAAUAAUUUUGGCUGUUUUUUUAAUUACGGCUCUUUCUAGAUCGUUAAACUCGUUUGUGAUUUCUGUUGGAUUAUUAUUUCAAUUCUUUUUCCUUUUUUCCUUCACCCAUACCAGUUUUUUCUUUCUUGUUUUUAUUUUUUUUUUUUAAAUCUCUUUGGCAAAUUUAUUGACCCGACUCGAAUUCCAAUUUAAAAAAUACAUUGAACUCCAGCUGUU